AACCAAUGGGUGACAAGCACAUCAUCAGCAUGCUCCUCGUACCGUUGCUGCUCCUGCUCUCUGGUGUGGAAUCCACUCCCACCUUUGCACACCGAGACUCUCUCACCGGGGAAGCCCUCACCUGUGACAAGUGUCCACCCGGAACGCACAUGGCGACGUACUGCAGCGGCACCACGCCCACCGUGUGCGCGCGGUGCAGAGACCACCACUUCACCGAGUUGUGGAACUACCUGCCCAAGUGCCUCUACUGCAACAACCUAUGCAUUGAGAAGCAGGAGGUGGAGACGGAGUGCACAGCAACCAGCAACCGAGUCUGUCGGUGCAAAGACGGCUUCUACAUAAGCGGGGAUUCGUGCAUGAGACACUUAGCUUGCGGGCCCAGACACGGUGUUCAAACUAAAGGUACGUCACAAACAAACACUGUUUGUGAAACUUGUUCCAAUGGCCACUUCUCCACCUCAUCCUCUGCGCUUGAGUCGUGCGUAAAACACCAGGAAUGCGCAGGCGGACAGAUUGCGCUUCUCCCCGGCUCGCUCAACCAAGAUACGAUGUGUGGCUCCUGUGAGGAUCUUUCAAAUGGCAGUGAGACGCUCAGAACAUUUUUCUCAGGAUUCCUCAGUAUGCACAGGAUACGUGUCAUCAAAUUAAAGAGAUUUGUUGCCAGGCACAUUCAUAAAUUAGAGGAUGGGACUCUCCCCAAACAGAGGGGUCCUCUCAUGGAUCAGAUCAGAGCGUGGUUGACCCGGGCUCCCGAGGAGCAGCUGAAAACACUGCCAAAGAUGCUGAAGGCUUCACAGCUCAGCUCCUUGACGGACAAACUAGAGACCAUGUUCAAUGAGAUUAAGCAGCAGAGCUCAAACUGUACCUUACCACUCUUAGAUGUUUAGACAGAGUCCAUAGCACACAGCAUGUCGUCACCGAUGUACCUCUUGCUUGACAUUUGUGUUCAUUUGAUAACAAGUAUUUCAACAUAUGUGCAUGUUAAUUGGGAGUGCAUGCAACCAUGCUGUGGUUGCCUCAAAGGUCGGCCUAUAUAUCCCUCGUAUACGGACGUCAUUGUUGCUACUCCUCGGUGACAUGUGGUGACACAUGAGAGAAACAAUGGACAGCUUUACAGACAGUGAUGAUGACCAAUUGUCCCUGAGUUGUGUUUCUUAAAUGACCAGAAAUAGAAAACAGAAGAUCUGGAAACUAAAUGAAGGAUGCCAUGAACAAGAUGUUGAAACAUGUUGUUUGUGUAUUUUACACUUAGGUCAGACUAGGUUAUAUCGAGUAAAACGUAAUUUACCUGUCAAGAGUAAACGAGAGAAGUUCCACAAGUAAAAUAUGCUCAAUAUAUACUCAAAUGUUGAAUUAUAGAUAGUACAUCAUAGGAACUUGUAUUGAAUGAAACCAAGCUUUAACUGAAAUAAAUAUCAUCAUAGAAAUGCAUGAAGUUCUGUCAAAUUGCACAUUAUCAAACUGUAAACGUUUGCAUUUCACUCUCAGCAGCUAAAUAAAGUAUAGCGGUAUGUUGUAA